CUGCGAGCCCAUUUCUCCCCACUGGCCAGCCCUGUCCACGCCACCGCCAUCGACCAAACAAACAUCUAAUACCUACUGGGAUCCUCCUUACACAUCCUGUCCUAAGCUCUUUCUUCAACUGCUCUCGCCACGCUCGUUCUCGGAUGCUUCAUACUGCAACAACUUUCUUUUCUUGUGUGCGCGACACCAGAGCAAUCAAAUAUGCUGGGCUUAGGAAGAUGGAGGAACGCGGCACCGCCUACGCCUACUGCUGCUACUCAUGAAGAAAGGUCGUCGAGCACGUUACCGACUAUCAAGUGCUCUGAUUGCGGCAUCGAGAUUGAGAUCUCCAGACUGGCAGACCACCUCUGUGUGCAAACUACAGAAGAGCCAGAAACGUAUGAGCCCUCACCACCUCCUCCACAUGCCAGACCGGCAGUUCCUCGCUCAGAAACCAUGGACUCGUUCGUUGCAUCGAAUCGCAAAUCUUACGGUCUCUUGCGUCCUGGUAGACAAGCACCACCGAAGAUAGACCCGGCCGCUGCUAACAAACCAUACUCAAGACCUAUGGCGCCCAUCACGCCAGUCAGCGACUACAGCGGUUCGAGAAGUGUUUCUCCUAUGAUUUCAGGAAGCGGCCGCAAGACUCCCAUGCGUAGUGUCACCAGCCCUAUGCCUCGACCAUACAGCCCUCCUUCACCGGAGCUCAACUCGAACCUCGACUGCGCUUUCCCGCCAUGGCCAACGAUGGGCAGUCGAAGUAAUACUCCAACGGGCGUCAGGCCGCGGGACAGGAAGCCGACCGAUCCAGGUACCCGACUGGCACAGCCUCAGUCCAAUGCAAUGUACGCACCCGUCAGUCCACGAUUCGACGGCGGCGCCAAUGUGUUGAAGCGGAUGGACAACAUUUCACCAGGCCCCUUCGAUGGCAGGAAAGGGAGCUUUGAUCGGAGACCUUCAGCGACCACGACGGAUAACACAAGAGUGGAUAGCCCACAAGCUGGACCAGACGAGCACAAUUCGCCUGCGAAAAGUAUACGCAGUCGCUCGCAUUCUACCGGUUCGAACAAUUCAAGGCGUUCAAGAAGCUCUGUCCGUUCCACCGGCUUGCCAAAUGGCCCGAAAGCAGGUUUCAAUCUACCACCACCACCACCCCCGCCGCCGGCAGAUGACGAUGAUGACGAUGAUCAUCCUUUCGAAGGCAUCGACAAGUUCCUCAGGCGUGUGCGCGAUGAGGAGCCUUUGGAUGUUCCAAAGCCUUUGAACACGAUUGACCGUUCCAAAACCUUUCCGGUGCCAGCUCAGGAGGACCGGGCUGCUUCCUUACCUAGAAGACCAUCGGAACCUGCAGCGCGCUCAAGAGCAUUAAGCAACGCGACAAUCUCUUCUGUGUAUUCUUCCGACUCGAUUGAAGCGCCUCCAGUGCCUCCGAUGCCCUCUCUGAACAAUCUUUACUCCUUGGCAACUUCGAAGCCUGGAGCUCCAGUCACCAAGCUUGCGCCAGCUUCACAAAUUCCUACUCCGAAUAGCCCCGCCGAAAGCUCAAUGCACACAUCCUCUGAAUCAGUUUCUUCUGGUGGAUCCAUGUCAGGAUUUGACGCACGCAGUGUCAGUUCUGUAUCCAGCAUUCAUGAAUCCGAGUCUGGAGGUCCCGAAAAGAUUAGCCGGGCAAGAAAAGAAAGUGAUCCGACGCGGGGCCAAUUGCAGUCUCCAACAAGUUAUGGUUCGCCCCCUAAGAGACUGCCUUUGGGAGUGCAACCAGGCGUGGUUCGUACGAAUGCCCCGGACAACAUCUCCCUUCCCAAUCCUCCUGCGAUACCUGCAACCGUCGAGGAGCUUCCGGAAUCUCCAAUGGACCCAGCCAUUCAUAGGGGAAUCAUAAGCCAGCAGCGACCAUCUGUAUCCAAUGGAAGUGGCCGACCAGUCAACCCUGCCACAUACCCAAUACCACCUGCUCUAUCUCCACCUGAAGAGGUUCCUGCUAGGCCUUCACCCCUUGUCCCAAACUCGGCACCCCAGAAUCCUCAGUCUUUUCAUCCUCAGCCUCCCGCCGCUUUGCAGCCACGCGGCGCACUUCCUCCACGACUUGAUUCGCGUAAUGCUGCUCAGCUUCCGAAAAGGCAACCUCCAAACGUCACUCUACCUUUGCCACCACAAAAUGAAGGACUACAACGGAAACCCACGAGUGGGAAACGACCCAAAUGCCGCGGUUGCAACGAGUCCAUUGUUGGCAAAUCCGUGAAAGCAGCCGAUGGUCGUCUCACUGGUCGCUGGCACAAGGAGUGCUUCACUUGCAAGACCUGCCGGCAACCAUUCCAAACGGCCGACUUCUACGUUCACAAUAAUGCACCCUACUGCGAGCAUCACUAUCACCAGAUGAACAACUCACUCUGUCAACUCUGCAACCGUGGUAUCGAGGGCCAGUUCCUUGAGACGGACAAGAAGAGAAAAUACCACCCGAGGUGCUUCAUGUGCUCACACUGCCGCAUUCCCCUCAAGGACGACUAUCUCGAGUUCAACGGCAGGCCGUAUUGUGAGCGCCACGCUCAACACGCUGCAUCCCAGACUUCGAUGCUCGGGACGGGUGCACGCCGGUUCCCAGAGCGGAGGACCACUAAACUCAUGAUGAUGAUGUGAGGGUCUGCACGUACAACCACUUUACCUUCGAUUCACACUACAUAUUUGGCGAUCUAUUUACCUACCAGUAAACGACUGGUGGGCUGUUCACUACAAAAUUUCUGGAGUCUAUCACGCUUGUUUACGACAUGACCCCAUGUUCGCGGCAGGUCGCAUCCAUUUACGCUGUCCGCAUAUAUUCCCGCAUCUCAGAAGGCGUUUUCAACUUGAUACAUUUCGCUCUGCGCGCAUA